GUUGCACACAAAAUUGGAAGUUUGCGCGUCUUUCGCGAGAUCUUUAACACAUUUUUUCGUUUGUUUUUCUUGGAUCUUCACGAUGAUUUCAUGAGGAAAUAAGAAUACCGCAAAGUCAAGACAAUAUAAGAACCGGUUUGGUGUCUUCUGAAGAAUUGAUCAAAAAGGAAAAUAGAAGAAAAAAGCCAUUUAUUCAAUCCGAACGCCAUCCACGAACGUAUGUCGAUUUUUCGUCUUUAUGACGCUCAAUGAAAAUAGUAGGGUGUAAUUGGUGAUUGUUUUAAAAUGCUCAAUUGCGUGAUUAUCCCUGCACACCUCCAGACAUCAAUUAAAAUUUUUUCCUCACCGUGAAAAUAAAAUUGAUUCAGUGUUUGAUUGGGUGUCAAUCGAGACGUUCCGUGAAAUUUGAUACACAGAACUUUCCGAAGAAAAGUUCAAAAAUGCCAAUCUUCAAGCAAUGCUGCUGCUGCUGCAGCCUCCAAACUGGAGGAAUUGUAUUGGGUAUUCUUGGAGCUAUUCGGUCUGUCAUUGGCAUAGCUCUGUCCAGCUUAGUCCUCUUCUUUCUGGACGAUGUGGUGGAUCAAGUAAAGGCAGACCGGGAAGCUAAGGGGAAAACUAUGGAUCUCCCAGAUGGGCUCAAUUCGGAUGAUGCUACUGAUAUCGCCAAAUUGGUGAUUAAAAUCAUCCUUUGGGUCUUUCUCAUCAUUUGUGUCGUUGACUUCUGCGCUGCCAUCCUUUUGGUCAUCGGAGCUAAAAGAAGCCGAAAGCAGUACAUUUUGCCUUACUUGAUAACCGAUGGCAUGGGAAUUAUCGUAUCGACUCUCUAUUUCGUGAUAGCUGCUUUUAAUGGUCCGCAAAUUGCCCAAGGUCUCGUUAGUGCAGUUAUCACUUUGUUGAUUUCCGGAUACUUGUGGCUCUGCGUCUUGUCCCUCUAUCAGUGGAUUAAGGAGACUUCCCGUCCGCCAACCACCGUGAGGAGUCCCUAUCCGGAACAGCAGGCAGUUUAUUCAACCAUGGCCUAAAGUCGAAAAACAAUGCAUUUUAUUUCAAACUUAAGAGAUUACCCUUAAAUUAAAUUUAAGGUCACAAGUGCUUAAAUGAUAUUUUUUCGAAAUUGUACUUUUAUCUCAAUCUCACGAAUUUACUAUAUAAGGUUCAAAUUUUAAAAAUUUGCUUAUAUUCAUAAUUAUAUUUUGUAAAACACAUUGUGAAAUUCCAGUUGAAAAAUGAAUAUUUGUCACUACAUAUGUGACGCUGAAUUUA